AUGACACUUUAUGAUCUUCCUCCUGAGCUGCUUAUUGCCAUCGGUGAGGAAAUACAUCAAUCACAUAAUGCCGUUGCGCUGGCUUCCACAAAUCGUUUUCUUAAUACUUUAUUCCAGCCGCUGGCAUACAAGACCAUUGUGCAGCACGAAAGCAGCUAUGCAUUGACCCGGGCAGGCUCUCAUAAUAGUCCACAUGUUGUGAGACAAAUUUUGAGUUACCCCGGCGUGAACGUCAAUACCCACGAUGGCAGACGCCGAACACCCGUGUUCCACGCCAUUCGCACCAAAAAUCUGGAGAUAUUGCAGAUCCUUCACAGCACCUCCAAGAUUGAUUACAAUUGGAAAGACGACAACGGUCAAGCACCGUUGAUAUACGCGCUCUCCAGAAACCGGAUCUCAAUUGGAUUAUGUUUAUUGAAGUGGCAUUGUUCGGACUUGGCCAUUCAUGAUCAUAUAGGUCGUUCGGCUCUCUGGUACGCAGUCUACUUCGGCAAUGAGACUGUGGUCACGGAACUUCUGCGACGAGGGGGAGACAUGAAGCGAUCGGAUUGCAAAGGAAUAUCACCACUAAUCCUGGCCAUCUACAAAAAUCAUCUUCCAAUCGUCAACGUGAUGCUACGUAUCGCAGGGAGCGCCAGAGGUUUAUAUUUGGUAGAUGAUUCUGCAUUGUCCAAACCUCUAUCCUUGGCACUUCACUUAGGCCGACUAGACAUCGCGCAGUGUUUGCUGUCAUACGGCGCAGACCCGAAUGGGUCCGAUGUCUAUGGAGAAACCGCUUUGCAGAUCGCCAUCAGAAAAGAUGAUAAAAAAGCCGUCGCCCUGUUGCUACAGUAA